ACUACGAAAGGCGCAUCAGAAUGAAGGGGAGGGAAACUUCAAUUUGGCGUCUAGCGCUCCGUUGAAUUACUUAAACUCUCUCAGUCUGCCUGGAUCAGUGCUCAGCAGAAGCUGCAUCUCCUUUGUUUUCCUUUUCCUAUGUUUAUUUAAGUAUCGGAUGAAUGGAAAAUAAACCGACACGCGGAAGAAAGCGACUCAGUGACACUGGAUACAAACGGCGUUUCAGACAGCGAUCAUCUGAUGCUCUGAGGUCCAAAGUGUGUCUGCUGAAAAGAAACAAGCGUCCAUCAACUCGCAAGCUGUGAUACUUUAACAAGCUCGGAUAUGUAAUGAAAUAUAGUUUUACGACGGGAUUUUUUCCAUGUUCACAUGUCAAACCUUGUAUUCGUUUCAUGUCCGAUAUGAAAGGGCAGGUUAUCAAGGUAUUGAGUGAAUUCAGCACUGGAAAGUCUUGUUUACUAAUGAUGGAUUGACAUAUGUAGCACUGAAGAUGGGAAGACUGUAUCAUAUGGAGUUUGGGAAUGUCCAGUGAUUUGGGAAUGAUGAACAACGGACCCACUAUCGUCUAUGAAUGGCUGAAAACCCUCCAGCUGUGUCAGUAUGUGGAGUCCUUUGUUGAUAAUGGGUAUGAUGACCUGGAGGUGUGCAAACAGAUAGGAGACCCUGACCUGGAUGCCAUCGGGGUCAUCACACCACACCACCGGGAAAAGGUUCUCCGGGCCGUGGAGAGGCUCCGAGAUGAAGACAAGAAGGUGUCGCCAGGGCUGUAUUUCACACUAGAACCCCUUCCACAUGGCACAUAUCCGAACACAGCUCAAAUUAGUGACUGCAAACAGAAAUGCACCAAGUCAUGGGUCAAUUCUACCUGGGACAGGCCCAGGAUUGGACUCUCCAACGACUUCAAAGCACUAGAGAACCACAAGGAGCCGGUGGUGUAUCCUAAACUCAAGCUGAAGAUAAUGAUAAGGGAUAAGCUGGUGAAGGAUGGAAUAGACCUGAGCAAAAUGCCCUACUCGUAUAAGGAUGGCUCUCUGGGUAACAUUGAGGAUCUGGCCCAAGAGUAUUCAGAGUAUUACAGCACGUCUUACAGCGAAGUGUGCGACAGAAUGGAGGAGUUACGCAAACGCAGAGUGGCUCAAGAAGCAGAGACGGCAAAGGCUGAAUCAACAACAUCCCUUCAGCUGCGGUUGGAAAUCCAGGAGUCAUUGGGGCUGUCUAGUGCUGUGUCCACACCCGAGUUAGAGAGAAGGCAAUCAGUGAACAAGUCCAGCUCAGAAGACGGAUCUGCAGGAAGAUGGGACAGAAAGAAAAACAAAUCAUUCUGGCAGAACUUCCGCAAGACACAGAAAGGAAGCGUUCGAGCGCUACCGAAAGGGGAAGAUCCUGGCUUCGUGGCCAGUGAGAUCACGAUGAGCGAUGAAGAACGCAUCCAGCUGAUGAUGAUGGUGAAGGAGAAGAUGAUUACGGUGGAGGAAGCCUUGGCUCGGCUGAAGGAAUACGAAACGCAGAACAGGCAGUCCAACAGCGUGGAAACGAGCAGUUGGACCGACACACCCAGUCCCUCCAUGACCGAAUCCUCCUUCUGUAAUUCGAGAGAACAGUCGGAGGAUGAGCUGGAAGAGUCCGUCACCUUUCGCCGACUUCAUAAACUCGUUAAUUCAACUCGACGUGUGAGAAAGAAGCUUAUCAGAAUUGAUGAGGCCAAAAAACACGGAUCAAAAGACCCUGUGAGUCCUGAAGCGUUCCCGUCGGGCGAGGAGGGCGUUUCUCUCUACUCUGGGGUGCACAAACGUCUUGCCGUGUCUGAGGGUGACGGUCUGAGCUCCGUGCUUCAUGAACAGCUGUCACUGGACAGAGACUCGGACAGUUUGACCACGUCUCCCUCCUCCAGCAGCUUAGACACCUACAGCAGCCACAAGUUCUUCAAAGCCUUCAGUAAGUCCAGCAGCAGUCAGGGGCUAGAGCCCGCAUCUGGACCCGGCGGAGCAGUUUCUGGGCUGGACGCAGGUAGCGGUUCCUCCUUCUCCGAGGCAGACGGUGAAGUCGAACCCAGGAUGUCCCGCUCUGUGACUGAUGGGGAGAUGAGACGAGCCCUGAGCCCCUCUAACUACCAUGGAAGGACCUGUAGCUUUGGAGGAUUUGAUCUCACAAGCCGAUCUGUGUACAUGGGCAACAGCAGCUGUGACCCCACAAAUGAAAAUGGCAAUAUCAGCAUGAGAGACACGUCCAGAUCCCCAACACCUUCCCGUAUCUCUCUGGGGAAGAAGGUGAAAUCCGUUAAAGAGACCAUGAGGAAACGCAUAUCCAAGAAAUAUAAUCCCUCUCCAUCGGAGCAGUCAAGCCCCAGCAGAGCUCCCAGCAGCCCUCAGUCUCCGCACACGGACACAGACUCUCUGGAGAAACCCAAACUCAAGGCUGGAGGAUCAGUGGAGAGUCUGAGGAGCUCCCUCAGCGGACAGAGCUCCAUGAGCGGUCAGACGGUCAGCACCACAGAUUCGUCCACCAGCAACCGAGAGAGUGUGAAAUCAGAGGACGGCGAUGAAGACGAGCUGCCGUACAGAGGACCGUUCUGCGGCCGCGCUCUCGUGCACACAGACUUCACCCCGAGCCCGUAUGACACCGACUCCCUCAAACUCAAGAGAGGAGAUAUGAUCGACAUCAUCAGUAAGCCGCCCAUGGGCACGUGGAUGGGGCUGCUGAAUAACAAGGUGGGAACUUUUAAGUUCAUCUAUGUGGAGGUGCUAAACGAGGAAGAGGAGAAACCCAAACGCAGCGUGAAAAAGAGGAGGAAAAGCCAUCCUCCCAAACCCACCUCUGUAGAGGAGCUUCUGGAGCGCAUCAAUCUCAAAGAGCACAUGCCCACGUUCCUGUUUAACGGCUAUGAGGAUCUGGACACAUUUAAACUGUUGGAGGAGGAAGAUCUGGACGAGCUGAACAUCAGAGACCCUCAGCACAGAGCUGUGCUGCUCACCGCCGUGGAGCUUCUGCAGGAGUGUGACAGCAACAGUGACCCGGAGCGCGAGGGAUCAUCUGGAGACUCCCAAGAGAAGCUGCUGUCCGAGGGCAGCGUCCCGCCAGGAGACUCUCCUCGAGACUCGGGCUGUUACGAGAGCAACGAGAACCUGGAGAACGGGAAAGGCAAAAAGACGUCUCAUUUAAGCAGGUCCUCAUCAGGCUUUGAGUCCAGCCAUCUCUCCUCCCCUGAGUUUCCCAUCCCACCCCUCUGCCAUUCCAGCAGGUUGAGCCCACAAACCAGACCGGACCUUCCACUUCCACUGCAGAUCGACUCCAUGCAGAAUCUUCAUCCGGGAAGGAACCACUACAUGCUCGGAAGAAAAACCCGGAGUCGCAGUUGCGGCGCCCUGGAUCAUCAGUCUACUCGAACGGAGCUGUUGAAGCGCUACUUCUCGGCAGAGGAAAUUCAUCUGCUCCAAAGUCCUGAAAGAAAACUGUUGUCUGACAGUACCGAGGAGAAUUCAAGUCAAGUACAGGAGAAUCUUCUCCAAUCUGAUGAGUCUGAAGAGAUUGUAUAUGGAGCUCAGCCGUCCUCAAACGUUUCGGUGGUGGAGUAUGAAGAAGUACCAGUAGAGGAUCUUCCUCCAAGCACACAGCGCAUGAAACCACCAAUUCCUCCAAAACCUCUUCCACUGUCAUUAUUAAAGAGCAGAGACGCUGGCCUCGGGAGAAAGGAGGUUUCUACAAGCACAUCAUCCAAGUCAAACUCCGGCCCGGAAAUUCCCAGGAUCUCCAAGUCACUCAUUUACAGACCAGCAAAGAAAGUUCAUUCUGGGAAAAUAGCCAACCUCGAGACUUUAGUGGAGGAAAAGUUAUGCUUUGAUGGCAUCGACCUCACAGAUGAGCCAUAUUCUGACAAGCAUGGCCGUUAUGGAGUGCCUUUCUCUCUGGUCCAGAGAUAUUCUGAAGAUCUGGACAAACCUUUGGGUGACAUUGCCAUUCUGAUUGAUCAGACAAGAGUCCAACAACUUCUAAAGCAGCAUCGUAUAGCAAUCCCAUUGAGAGGAUUGUCAGAGAUAUGUGUGAUCCCUUGAGCACUUCUGGACAGCGUCGUACUGGAUUCCAGAACUGUGGGAGCAGCUUUGGAUAAUGCCAGCUGAUCGAUUACAAAUCCAGCUCAAAAACCACCGGUGAACUGACUCUUUAAGUUUAAAGAUCAGGAAUAAUGAAUCACUGACUUUCCUAGUUGAAUUCUACAUGCUUUUGAUUCACCUGAAUGUUUUUGUUUUUUUUUCCUAGCUAAAAUAUGUCCUUACCUGAUGUAUUCCUUCCUUUUAGGCUUUAGACAGCACAUUAGAAACUGAAGUUUGACUUUCAUUUGUGAUUUCAUUGGAAACCACUAGUGCACACUGAUGAAUGAUUUGUUCUGAAUCAAAUUAUCUGCAAUUAUCUAAAGGCACCAGAUCCAAAUUUUAAGCAACUCUUAAGGAGUUUGUGGAAACCAUAAAUGUUGCCUUUGAAAAUGUAUAUAAUAGUGAAUCUGAGUGUAAACUUAUAUUUGUUGUCAUUUGUUUUGGAUAUAUUGAAUAGAUCUUCAUCCUAUUGAUUUUUUUAUUUCAAUAGAAACAGUUUUUAUAUUAUUUUGUUAUCUGCCCAAACUAAAAAGCAUUUUUUCUGUAAACUACAUUGUCUUAUAUUUUGAGUAAUGUUUGAACUGAUUUCAAAACAUAUUUAUUUCCUGCUGUAAUAUAGGACUUAUUUGGUGAUUUUUUGCUUGUAAAAUUUUUCAUAGGCUACAUAUUUUAGUCUAUAACAUUCUGUUAUGUGGCAAAGAAGGGUUCUGUUAUGUUAUGGACUAAAGUUGAUGUGAAAGAACUGAAUGUUUGUAAAUGGAUUUUCAAAGAUGUGUUUUAAAAACUAAUAAAGCCAAAAAAAAACAACAACAACUACUUUGAUUUG